UUUGUGCACAGCAACUGGUCCAAAGAAGUAUCUAUGUGAACUAGCUACAAUGUGAAAGUUUUAAAGGAAGGGAAAGGUAUGAAAGUUGGGCAAAGAGUGCUGCAUUUUUGUUGAGAUCUUCUCAUACCUUUUCUGCAGUAACUAGGCAAAAUUGAGAAAUAGUCUUUUCAGAGUUCAAAAUGAUCAGUCCACAAGGAGGUACCUUUCAAAACAAUUUUUAAAUAUUUGCUAGUGGUUAAAAAUUAAACACAUCGAGAACUGAGAGGCUGGGGAAAAUUGCAAAGGAAAAAAAUCUUCUAAAAAGGCAAGAAGAUACUCCUCAUAAUGAGACUAUUAUCAGUCCUUGUGUUCAUUUUAUACUUAUUGCUCUGCACUUAUACAGCAAAGGGAAUAUCUAGGAGCAGAAACAAACCAAUCCAACAAACUCCACGGAAAAACUAUUUGAUAGAAGAAUGUCUAAACAACAGCUAUACUAUUAAUUCUUGCAACAAAGUUUUUUGCCAGCCUUGGCAAAGAUGUAUGGGUGGUACCUGUUCUUGCAAGUUACCCUAUCAAUGCCCAAAGAAUGGCACAUCUGUUUGUUCUAUGGAGGGAAAGACAUUUCGAACCUACUGUCAACUGAAGAGCUAUGAGUGUCAACGUCACAACAGCAAAUUUAGGAGCAGAGGAAACUGUGAACUUCAAGAUGAUUUUGAAGUUUCCUUGAAGCCAGAAAAUGUAUCGGAGAGAUUCAUUCAAGUUCAAAUGAAUUCCAAUAAGAUGUUUAUUUGUGGGCAUCAAUGGAGUAUGAAUGAAGCAAAUGUAAUCUGCAGACACCUUCAUUUCCCAGAAGGGGCUGACCGCAUCAAGUUGGAUCACCCAGAGGAUACCUGGAAUUCAUCAGAAUGCCUGAAGGUCACUUGCAGAGGCACAGAGACCAGCCUAGCAGAAUGCUCUUUAGUUAGAACCAGUAGGGGUCGCAAGAAGCUUGCUAAAGUGGCAUGCCACACAACACACCAAGAAUGUUCUUCCCGUGAAUUCCGCUGCGUCAACAGAAAAUGCAUCCCUUCAGAUAACACAUGUGAUGGGGUCAAUGACUGUGGAGACCUAAGUGAUGAAUUAUGCUGCAAAGAAUGUAGAGGUGAAAGCUUCCACUGUUCCUCACAAGUGUGUAUUCCAAACAAAUAUCUCUGUAACGACGAAAUAGACUGCUUAACAGGAGAAGACGAAGCUUACCAACUGUGUAAAGAAAGAAGAGAAGAAACUGAGGAGGAAUCCAUGGAUGCAGAAAGAAGAAAGAUCAAAACGUUUCUGCCCCAAUUACAUUGUGGUAUUCCAAACCGCACUAUUACUCGUCGGAAGCGAAUCAUUGGUGGAUAUUCAGCAGGAAGGGAUGAAUUUCCUUGGCAGGUGGCAAUUAGAGGUACUGAGGCACAAGUUAACUGUGGUGGGAUUUAUAUUGGGGGAUGUUGGAUUCUCACUGCUGCACACUGUGUUAGACAAAGCUAUGUUCAUGCCUAUAGAAUAUGGACUGGAAUGUUAAAUACAAUACUUAAGAAUUCCGGGAUGGAAACCUUUACAUUAAGAAGAGUGAUAAUCCAUGAGAACUAUAAUUCUAAAACAUAUGAAAACGACAUUGCAUUGCUGGAAAUGAAAAGCAGGGAUUCAGGGCAGCCAUGUUCUCCACCUAACACGAUGGCAGCAUGCGUCCCUUGGUCACCUUAUAUGUUCACUUCAGGUCACCGGUGCAAAGUGUCUGGUUGGGGACGGGCAGAAGAUUAUGAAAGACAAUUUACACUUAAGUGGGGCUAUGUUAAUCUAAUGUCAAACUGUUCUGAAAUCUACAAGGAACGUUAUUUUAAAGGCAUGGAAUGUGCAGGUACAUAUGAUGGUUCUGUAGAUUCCUGUAGAGGUGACUCGGGAGGACCUUUGGUUUGUUUUGACUCUAAUAACGUGGCUUACGUUUGGGGCAUUGUGAGCUGGGGUGAAAACUGUGGUGAAGAGGGACAUCCUGGCGUUUACACAAAGGUGGCUGAUUAUUUUGAAUGGAUUAGCCGUUAUACUGGAAAGGCUACAAUUUCCCGAUUUAAUGUGUGACUUUUGGAAUUUAAAUAUUUCCUCAUUCUCUGUUGCAAUAAUGAAAAGUCAGCUACAGAAGUCUGGGCGCAAAAAAAAUCAGCUCAAGUUAAGCAUGCUUCAGUUUUUUCCCCAUAAAUCAAUGGGCACAAAAGUGAUGCACCUCUGACUGGGUCAUGCCCUGGCCACUUAGCAGUGAUGACUCUGAAAUUUGUAUUAUUUUUUAAAAGUCUGUUAAUCUUCUAUAAAUAAUUGUUGCUUUUCUACUUGUCUUGCAUGUUACAAUAAAAGUGAUUCAAUGAAAA